AUGCCCGUAUCUGACGAUGAGCAAGAUGUCCAUCUUAAUUUGAAGCCAGCGGCUGUCGACCCGCAACCAAGUGGCCACAAUCCAGUACAUAUCUCGGAACUCGAGGAGCGACUCAACGACAUGGGCGACUCGUGGGAGACGGAGUCACUCUUUGAGGACAUCAUUGAGGAUUUGACGGAAAACAAACCUUUCGAGGAUCUCGAGGAUGCCUGUACGCGGGAGGAAUCAGUGAAAUACCGUCUUCAGUUGCAGCAGAUCGGCCCCGAGAACUUCUGUAAAGUGCAUGUUGACUCCGGCGCCGUUACUGCCAAGAAGCUACUCACUGCCUUUGGGGUUCGCCCUCCGGCAUUUCUUGAGGGCCAAGAGGAUCAUCGUUAUUACAGCCUGCUUGUUUUAGCCCUUACUAGGGAGCUCUCCAAGCGUGCAAAACUGCCACACUUCAACACAGUUGACGAUGCCGCUACACUGCUCAACAGAUCCAAGAACAUUGUCGUCAUCACCGGCGCUGGAAUCUCUACGUCGCUUGGAAUUCCAGACUUCCGGUCUAAGGAAACGGGUCUCUACUCUAAGCUGGCCAACUCUGGGUUGGCCAUAAAUGAUCCUCAAGAGGUCUUCAAUAUUGAGGUUUUCCGCGAAGAUCCCACCAUAUUUUUCUCAGUUGCCAAGGACAUUCUGCCGGAGUCCAAGAAGUUCUCUCCCACCCAUGCAUUUAUCGCGAUGCUCCAGAACCAGGGCAAACUUCUGACUAACUACUCGCAAAACAUUGACAACAUCGAGGCGAACGCGGGUAUCCGCCCCGAUAAGCUGGUACAGUGCCACGGAUCCUUCGCAACUGCCUCGUGUCAGAAAUGCGGAUACAAGGUACCUGGCGACGCCAUCUUCGUCGAUAUCCGAAACGAAGUGAUCCCUCGGUGCACCAAAUGCAUUGCGGCUCUCCGCAGCAAGGGUAACAUGAAGCGCAAGAGAUCUAACAUGAGCAAGCGCUCUUCUUCGGGGCGACGGCCACGCCACGAAUUGGAUGAUACCGAUGAUGAGGAGUACGACUUCCCGUCCGCUGGCGUCAUGAAGCCCGACAUCACCUUCUUUGGCGAGAACCUACCGGAUGAGUUCCACGAUCGUCUGGUGAAGCACGACCGCGACUUGGUGGACCUCGUCAUCGUUAUCGGUACCUCGCUGAAGGUCGCGCCGGUUUCUGAAGUCGUGCCCUACCUCCCGCCGCAUAUCCCGCAGAUCUACAUCUCCAAGACGCCCAUCAGCCACAUCAAUUUCGACAUCGAUCUCAUUGGAGACUGCGACGUCGUGGUCGCGGAGCUGUGCCGUCGUGCUGGCUGGGCUCUUUCGCAUGAGAUGAUUCCCCAGGAUCAGCAGGUCAAGAUUGAUCUCGAGGAAGGAUACGAGAGCCGUCACCUUUUCAGCACCGUCGAGCCCGGUUCCUCCAUAUCCGGCCCCGUCAGCAACAAGGUCGCGAAGUCUCUACCCUAG